GCGGGGGGGGGGUUGGGUUUGAGUGACAGUGGCUGGCUCCUCCCCCUCCUCCUCUGCUCUGCUGCGCCGCAGUUUUGAAGUUUGAAGCUGAAGAAUCGCAGCAGCGGCAGCAACGACUUCAACCACGAGACUUUGAUGAACAGGAGGCUGGUGCUGGUGCAGGUUCAGGUUCUGGUUCUGGUGCGGGUUUUAUUUGGAGCAGUAGAUGAGCGCGCGUGAGCCUCAGUGAUCCGAAGACAGAAGAACGAGCUUCUUCUUCUUCUUCUUAAUCUUCAUCUUCUUCUUCUUCAUUGACAACAACAUGAAGCUCAGGUUGUGUGUGUUCGCAGUCGCAGUGUUGCUGCUCAGAUCUGCGCACGCAGGAACCGACUUUAAUGAGCCGUGUGCAGGUGAGGACUGCAGCAGAGGAUGCAAGUGCAACCCAGAGAAAGGCGGCAGGGGUCGACCGGGGCCUCUUGGUGAUGUUGGAUCCAGUGGAGCGGAGGGCUCACGCGGGACCCUUGGGCCUCAAGGGCCCAAAGGAGAGAAGGGCCAUUUUGGACUGAAGGGGCCAUCCGGUGUUAAAGGAGACAAAGGACCAAUGGGUGUUCCUGGAUUCCGAGGAACUGACGGCGUACCAGGUCACCCGGGUCUGCCUGGUGGCCGAGGGCCAUCUGGACUGGACGGUUGUAACGGGACCAGGGGAGAAGCCGGAGAUCCUGGUUACGGCAUUGGACCACCUGGAUUCCCUGGAAAUUCUGGGCCAAUUGGGCCAAAGGGCCAGAAAGGAGAACCCCGAUACAUUUCAGACGAUGGAACCAUAGGUUAUCCAGGUGUACCAGGACCUGACGGUCGACCUGGUAACAGAGGUCCUGAUGGUCCAACAGGUUUCCCUGGUCCAAGAGGACCUGAUGGAUACAACGGCCCACCUGGUCUUCCUGGUUCCUCAGGGCCUAUGGGGAGCAGUGGUGAAGGAUAUCGCGGAGAAAGAGGAGACAAGGGCGACGUGGGUCUUCCUGGACCCAGUGGAACCCCCGGUGACGGAUCGCUGAGAAGUGAACAAACGCUCACUAUCUACAAAGGAGAUAGGGGAGAACCUGGUCUGAAGGGGGUCAGAGGAUUCGACGGAACCCCCGGAGCACCUGGACCUUUUGGUUACAGUGGUGAAUAUGGAGAAAAGGGCCUUCCAGGAUACCCCGGUGCAAGAGGUCUUCCAGGUUUUAACGGUCCACCUGGCGCCCAAGGAAGCAGGGGAUACAGAGGGGAUCCGGGUUACUCUGGGCAACCAGGAUACAUCGGACCCAAGGGCGACCAAGGAGACCCCGGACAACCUGGACCUCCAACUUACGUUAAUGAGCUGGGAACAUCUGUUCAAGGGCAACGUGGUGACCCGGGUUAUAAUGGUCUGCCCGGUGCCCGAGGUGAUCAGGGAUCUCCAGGGUUGCCAGGACAGCCAGGUCGACCAGGAGAAGUGCUGGAUUCCACAGGUCGCGGCGGCUCUCGAGGUUUCCCCGGGAACCCCGGUCCAAAGGGAGAGAAAGGCAACCGGGGCGGAACACCGUACGGAUCUGAAGGAGUCCCAGGUUUUCCAGGACUCCCUGGAGCCAUCGGGCCUCCUGGACCUCCAGGCCCCACCAGCUUGACUGGUGAUCCCUGCGUCAUCUAUCCUGUCUUGCCCAAAGGUUAUCCCCAAGGUGGCAUCAAUAUUAACCCGGGACAGCCUGGGUUGCCAGGUGCCAGAGGACAACCAGGAGACAUUGGAUUCCAAGGCCUCACAGGUGACCCUGGUGACUGUGCGUGUCUUGGGGGCGGGACCUCGGGGCAGACGGGGGUGCGUGGACCCCCCGGACCUGACGGCAGACCUGGAUACCCGGGACCAAAGGGAGAGGGUGGUGACCCUGGUACUCCUGGAUACGGCGGCGGUCAGGGAUCUCCUGGUCGGCGCGGUGAUCCGGGCGUGUUUGGUCGUAAAGGAGAGAAGGGGACGUCGUACUAUCCUAACCUGGGUUUGGGUGUGAAAGGAGAGCGUGGGAAUCCUGGACUGAGAGGACCCAACGGAGAAACAGGAAAACCCGGCAGAGACGGACUGCCCGGAUUCCCCGGAUCCCCCGGACCUCCGGGUGACGGUGGUUACGGCACAGUGGGAGAAAAAGGUUUCCCAGGAUUCCCGGGGUCUAAAGGUCGCUCCGGUGUGCCCGGCGAGCCUGGACCUGGUUACGCUGGAACACCCGGCUUUCGUGGUGAACCUGGAGAACCUGGGAUACCUGGGUUACCGGGGCAACCGGGCUUACCUGGACCCAGAGGUGAAAACAGCUGUGAAGGGGUUAUUGACGUCGAAGAGGGAACGGGCCAAGUGCUACCUUGCACCAUACCUGGUGAGCUCGGAGACCCCGGAUACCCCGGCAUACCUGGACGACCAGGCUCUAAAGGUCAACCAGGCCUCCCGGGAGGAUCGGGACGUCCAGGGUAUGACGGAGCCAAAGGAGAGAGAGGAGAUCCUGGCUUUGGAGGCCAACCUGGACCUCAAGGUUUCCCUGGACCCAGAGGAGAUCCUGGAGUUCCGGGUAUCCCAGGACAGGGCUUUGAUGGAGGCAGGGGGAAGGAUGGUAUCCCUGGGCGUCCUGGAGCCAAGGGCCAGCCUGGAGAGGUCCUGGGAGCCACACCUGGCUCUCCAGGAAGAAACGGCUUACCUGGAAUUCCUGGAGACAAAGGCCAGCCUGGGACCCCAGGAGGACCUGGAUCACCUGGUUUUGAUGGACGCUCAGGUGUCCCAGGAUUAAAGGGAGAGCGUGGAGUCGACGGACUUCCCGGUUACACUGGACCACCGGGGCCGCCAGGUGAGCCGACUGGUGGCAUUCCUGGUCGUCCUGGAGCUCCUGGCAACAAGGGACUGAGCGGAUCACCAGGUUUCCCUGGACGGAAGGGAGACAGAGGAGAUCCAGGAUUCCCAGGGCCUGCUGGGAUGAAGGGAACCCCAGGACUACCAGGCAUCCCUGGGUCACCAGGGUCAAGAGGACUCGCCGGACCUCCAGGACCAGGAACUAGAGAUGGAAUCCCAGGAAUACCAGGAAGGAAAGGUGAGAGAGGCUUCCCAGGAUUGACGGGUUUCCCUGGACAACCAGGACGACCUGGUAGUCCAGGAUUUCCUGGAGGAAAAGGGUACGCUGGAGGGCCUGGCAGGGAUGGACGUAACGGUGGACCCGGAUAUCCCGGAGAGAAAGGUGAUCGAGGAUACCCUGGCCCUCCUGGCUUGCCCGCAAGAGUUCAGUCAGUCUUGGGAGUGAAGGGAGAGCCCGGUAACAAUGGAGGCAACGGCCUUCCAGGCUUCCCUGGACCCAGAGGUGACAAAGGUUUUCCAGGUCUGCCUGGUCGUCAGGGUCUGCCCGGACUUCCUGGUUUUGCUGAGCAAAGUAAAGGACAGCCAGGAGACAACGGGUUUCCAGGACGGCCAGGAGGUCCAGGCUUCCCUGGACCUAAAGGAGAGGCUGGAAUCCCUGGAUUCCCUGGCAUUUCUGGACCAAGGGGUGAUGAUGGUCUUCCUGGUUUCCCUGGUAAUAAUGGAGAACCUGGCCGACCUGGUGGCAAAGGACCACCUGGAGAGAGUUAUGGUUAUCCCGGAGGCCCAGGUGCUAAAGGCCAGCCAGGAGAUUCCGGCUACCCAGGUGGUCGUGGUAACGAUGGCACCCCUGGAGACAACGGCCUUCCAGGAAGUCCAGGUUACCCUGGAGCAAAAGGAAUUCCUGGUGAAGCUGGGCGGCCUGGUAUAACAGGCUCCCCUGGUUUCCCUGGGCCAAAGGGUCAGGCUGGAUACCCAGGAAGAAGAGGACAAGAUGGGUCUCCUGGUUUACCUGGAGGUCCUGGAGGACCUGGAGCAAAAGGUUUGCCUGGACCCCCCGGUUUGGAUGGACUUAAUGGCCUUGCUGGACCUAAGGGCCUUCCUGGAACCCCAGGUGGAAGCUUAGGAGGCCGCCCUGGUCAACCUGGUUUUCCAGGGCAGAAGGGCGAGAGAGGCAUCUCCUACCCAGGAGGUCCAGGAAUCCCUGGAGGCAAGGGAGAGAGAGGAGAUCAAGGUGGUCCCGGACUCCCUGGAUUCCCUGGUAGGCCUGGUCCUGCCGGUCAAACUAUUGGGUCUAAUGUUCCUGGACCUACGGGAGACCCUGGCCUUCCCGGACUGGAUGGAGAGUAUGGUUUCCAAGGUCCUCCAGGUCCACCUGGGCCACCUGGUCCAGGUACAGCACAGGGAGAUAGAGGUGACCCUGGGCUCCCUGGCUUCCCCGGCUCCCCAGGCAGGAAGGGAGAACCAGGACUCCCGGGAGGCCCUGGAUCCCCCGGACUUUAUGGUGCCAAAGGAGCACGAGGUGACACUGGUUUCAGUGGCGGUCCUGGUCAAAAAGGUUUCACUGGUGAGCCUGGUUUCUAUGGAAGCACAGGACCCAAGGGAGUGCGAGGACGCACUGGUCCUAAGGGUCCCCCUGGAACAACGAUACCUGGACCGCCACCUGAAUACAGGCCACGCUUUGGGGAACCGGGUUUUCCAGGCACAGGUGGACCUUCUGGUACCCCAGGAGAGCCUGGUCAGUCAGGAUUGCCUGGACGUCCUGGUCCUAAAGGUCUCCUUGGUCCUGUGGGUAAAUUGGGUCGCACUGGAUCUGCUGGUUCUGAUGGACCUCUUGGUGAUGCCGGACCCCCCGGUUUCCCUGGACCACCUGGCGAACAAGGUCUUCCCGGCACAGCAGGUCGUCCUGGCAUUCCAGGUGGUGUCGGUCGCAGUCACAGCAUUGGCUACACCCUGGUGAAGCACAGUCAGGACUCCCAGGUUCCCAUGUGUCCUCAGGGAAUGGCCAAGCUGUGGGAAGGAUACAGCCUGCUGUACGUGGAGGGACAGGAAAAAGCUCACAACCAGGAUCUCGGUCAACCAGGGUCAUGCCUCCCUCGCUUCAGCACCAUCCCCUUCCUCUACUGCUCCCCCAAUGAGAUCUGCUACUACGCCAGCCGCAACGACAAAUCCUACUGGCUUUCCACCACCGCGCCCAUACCUAUGAUGCCCGUGUCCGAGGGCCAGAUCCAACCUUACAUCAGCAGGUGUUCAGUUUGUGAGGCUCCAUCUCUGGCUGUGGCUGUGCACAGUCAGGACAUGAACAUUCCCACCUGCCCACCCGGCUGGAGGAGUCUCUGGAUCGGGUAUUCCUUUCUGAUGCACACGGCGGCCGGCGCUGAGGGCGGCGGCCAGUCCCUGGUGUCCCCCGGCUCCUGCCUGGAGGAUUUCCGCGCGACGCCGUUCAUCGAGUGCAACGGCGCCAAAGGAUCCUGCCACUACUUUGCCAACAAGUACAGCUUCUGGCUCACCACCGUGAAUCCAGGCCAGGAGUUCCUGUACUCACCCAAUCAGGAGACACUGAAGGGAGGUCAGGAGCGCUCCAGGGUCAGCCGCUGCCAAGUCUGCAGCAAGUUCUUGUAGGAGGAGGAUGAAGAGGAGCAGUGGAGGUGAAACAACAGGAGAGGAUAGGCUGACACUUCCCAGAGAAAAU